UUUAGGAUAAACAGAUAAUGAUGAUAAGGUACUGACACGAUCAAAAACUUGGACGAUAAGACCAGAGACAUUAUUUGUUAUGAUGUCCACGUACGCUGUGCUCAUAGCUUGCCUGCUUCCAAUGUUGAUUUUGGCAAGUGAAGAUUUUAAGCCCGAAGGCCCGUGUAACAAAGUGGGAGGGCAAUGUGUUGGGGAAAAGCAGUGCGCUUCAUCAAAAUCGGACGAAAACCUGUGCCCAAUGCAGAAAGAUAAGGGCGCCGUAUGCUGCCGUGGACAACUGCGAAACGAAUUUCGUUGCCACCAUUUUGGAGGAAUUUGCCUGAAAUCAGGAGCGCGCUGCAAUGCUAAUUUAAGAAAACCGCAAGCCACUGACUGCCAAUCUGGGGAAAUUUGUUGCGUCCUUCUCCAAAUGUAGAUGUCAAAAUUUGUUAAUAAAGUGUAAAUAACUGUAACAUUGACAAUAAUAAUUUUAUAAACGU